AUGUCUGCAAACGAAGAAAUUGUAGAAUCCUCCAGAUUAUCCGUUGAAGGAAUUAUUACUCCCAAGAAUCAUAACUUGCCUAUCAUACAAAUUGAUGAGGAUAAACAUUACACCAAAGAGCUUGAUCCAAUUCAUGAAAAAAUUAUAAAUGUUUGUUAUUUUAUUGGAAACUAUACUUUCGCUACAAAACGUGAUUGGAUAUUAAUGGGAAUCUUCGCCAUCGCUGUUGCUGCUGCUAUCCCUGCGGUAGCCCGUGUUCGAAAAAAUCGAUUAUGUUAUUAA